GCUUUCGUAUUGGUGUCUAUGAGAGAGCCACCCCCUUAAGUAGACAGAAACGGAUCAUUUUUUGUUCGAUGGUUAACUAUCUUUAGUUAUCCAACAUCUUAGUUGCCUGUGCACUGAGGUCACGCGCAUACAUUCCUGGGGAGGGCGGGAGUGGAGGGAACUGCCUGAUGAAACGUUAUCGACUGGUAGUGAAGAGCAGCGUCGACUAUUGUUCAAAUCAACCGUGAUCUUCCGUCUGCGAGGGCGAGAGUGAGACAAGAGGACGAAAAUCCGUUUUCUCUGUUUGUUUAGAGAAAAUAAUACUAUAUAAGCAAAGUUGAGCAACUCUUUCAUAUUUAAGCUAUAUAGUUAUUUAUCUAUCUUAUCUGUGUGAAGAUGAACGGGGUAACGCGGAGUCUGUGUACAUUUGAGGACCUCAGAGCUGAUGAGAGAACAGCGGAUGGGUGCAGGAGACUGAGGCUGACUCUCCACCAGCAGAACCAGGUCGGGAGGAUCACAGAACAACCCAGGAGCAAGCCAAUCGGACGAGCGUUUGCUCUGGUGCAGCCAACCAGUGAUAGGCCUGCUCUGAAGCCUGAACCAAUAAAACCCUCUGAGGAGAAGGCUGAAAAGGUUGAGGUCAUCAAGGUGUAUCUGGAGGAUCGUAGACAGGAGCAGCAGAGACACCAGCAGAGCCUCAAGAUGUUGUCAGAUGAAGUCUCCCAGAUACAGGAGGUGAGAUAUUGUCUGAAGACCCUGAGGGAACAGAUGGCAACCAAGAACAAAGGACAACACAAGGUUCUUGCUAGUGGCUACAGAGUCAGCACUCCCUCCAAUCAGAACAUCUCUUCUUCCUCAAAGGGAGGAGCUAAAGAUGAUGGGCAGGGAGGGGAGGAUGAGGUGGAGAGGGACAAGAUGAGGGAGGUCAGUAAGCGUCUAUAUGCUCAGCUACAGGAGGCUGAGAAGAAACACCAGGAGGAGAGAGAGAGACUGCAGACUGAGGGUGUGGAUCUGCGCCAGCGUCUGGUGGAGCAGGAGGAGAAGCUGAAGGGGGUGGAGGAGAGUAGUGAGAGGAAGGACCAGAGGAUUGAGGAGCUCCAGAGGCUGCUGGGAGGCAUGGCGCAGGAGAGCCAAGCCCUACGAGACACACUGAGGAACAGAGAGGAGGAACUCAGAGAAUUACGCAAGAUCAGAGAAGAGGGCAGGAACGAGGAGCAGAGGUCAGAGCAGUUGGAGAAGGAGCUGGCCAUUCUGAAGGAGAAGAUCCAUCAUCUAGAUGACAUGCUGAAGAGCCAGCAGAGGAAAGUUAGACACAUGAUCGAACAGCUGCAGAACUCUCGUAUGGUGAUCCAGGAGAGGGACCGUGUCAUUAGAGAUCUGGAGGAGAAGGUGGCUUUCCUGGAGGCAGAGAAUCGGGAGAUGCAUGAUCAGAUGGACUACUUCCUGGGAGGUGAAAGGUCAAACUCGCACCUCUCAUCAGACCGCCACGCCCAGAUUGUCUAUAGUAAGCCUUUGAAGCCCAGCAACUCGUCCAACAAGCCUCUUCCCUUCAUCAAAAUCAUUGAGACCAAGUCCUGAACUGGGAAAGCGAGGGAUAACCUAACGACACCAAACCUGCUAAGCUAAACAACAACGGACUGAAAUAGACCACCACCACACCAACAUCACAGUGCAUGUAUGAAGUUUAAACUGAGGUGACCACAACAACAUCACAUCAACUGACCACCAGCCACGACCAUCACCCAAUAUGCAAUGUGUGUGUGUGUCAGAGGAGGCUGGUGGGAGAAACUAUAGAAGGAGGGGCUCAUUGUUUUUUUUACCUUUAUUUAACUAGGCAAGUCAGUUAAGAACACAUUCUUAUUUUCAAUGACGGCCUAGGAACAGUGGGUUAACUGCCUGUUCAGGGGCAGAACGGCAGAUUUGUACCUUGUCAGCUCGGGGUUUGAACUUGCAACCUUCCGGUUACUAGUCCAACGCUCUAACCACUAGGCUACCCUUCCGCCCCAUUGUCAUACCGUUACAUUUAUUCCUCCUAUAGCUCCUCCCACCAGCCUCCUCGUGUGUGUGUGUGUGUGUGUGUGUGUGUGUAUAUGGCUUUGGAUUGUGUAUGGACGUUGAUGUAGAUAUAUUUAUAGAGUUGAUUCUCAAUAGAAGUCUAUUUAUUCAUAGCAGACAGAUUAUUCUUUCUAACCCAGUGUCAUAAUCUAUUGUCAUCUGUUGAAGUCCGUCUGAAGGACUCUACUACUGACAGAGAGGACCAGAGACGGUGUGAUAGCAGUACCCUGUGGUUAGUAAGGGUCUGAUAACAGACCGAGUCUUUGGCCUCAGAGAGGAGGCAACCAUGCCAGGCUGGGCCAUAACAGAGAAAUAAAAUGGCCGAUGAGUGAGAGGGGGAUCGAAGAGAGAGAUGGAGAUCGAAGAGAGAGAUGGAGGGUAAGAAAUCUGUAUUAAACUAAUCAGAACACAACCAGUUUGUCAUCUUUUUACCAUGGCACCAAGGCAGGAUAGAGUGAGUGUUGCUACACUAUACAGGUAUUGGAGAAGCAGAAACACAUUAAGGAUAGAGGAUAUAGUUUUCCAUCAAACCAUUCUGUAACCCAUUAACCUACUUCCUGUGUCUGUGGCCUAGAGUCCACUGUUAGAAUCCUCUUUAUUUGACACCUGAAAGGGAGGAAGACGAUCUUUGACUUUUUGUAAAUAUACUUAUAUGGUCACGUAACGGCCACAGUGAUGUGUCAUGGUUUAUACAAAGUUAUGAAGGCCAUGUUUGUUAUUUUGUUCGUUGAGAAAGUGGGAAUGUUUGGUCUAGUAUGUGUGGAUUAGAAGUCUUCCUCACCAAUACUGAUGUCACUUUAAAGUCUAAAGGAAAUUAAGAAGUACUUACUAACCUUGCAAGAAGUUGACAUUAUCCACAUUUUGCAUGCAAUUCAGUUACCUGACGUUUCAUCCACCAUCACCAGCUUUGUACAUAACUAUAUUUAUUUGUUUAUGUGGUAUUCUUUGAUGUCCCUGUAGUCUCACUCUGGGAUUUGUUUGUUAGUUUUAUCCUUCAGACAGGAAUGUUUGGCCUGACACUUUAGUGUGUGUGACAAUCAUCUUUAUGUAUUUAUGUGAAAAUAAAACUUUCAUUUUAGGGAAAACAUUUUCAGUAGACAUGUUAGUGUGUGUUAACAACAUAUAUAGUUUGUGUUUUAGUUAUUUUAAUAAAUAUAUGAAAAUA